AUGGCUACCGUGGCUUCGCCCGGCGCUCCUCUUCCGUCACCGUUGCUGUACUCGCCGGCCGUCAGGUCGUCGUACGCUCCGUUGACCGCCGAGUCACCGACGGCCAUCGCCACGCCCUCGUUUGCAGCCGGCUCGUUUGUCGGAUCGUUCACCUCUUACUUUGACGCCAUGCCUUCGCCGCUUGUGCGGGCCCAGGGCAUUCCCGCCUUUCCGUCGUCGGCCUCAUCGUCACCGCUGACCUCGGCCUACUCGCCGUCACUCUCAUCGUCUUCGCCGCCGCUUGUUGCGCUCCCAGUCGCAGCUAUUGUUGGCGAUGAGCCGGCGCCGCUGAGCUUCCAGCAAGCCGCCGUCGUUCGCGCCGGUCGCAGACUUCCGCAUCUGGUUGUCGCCGCCUCCAUCAGGCUUCACGACGGCGCUUUCUUUGAGCUCUCGCGCCUUCAGGCCUCCGCCAGCCUGCUGCUUGCGCGCCAUCCCAUGCUUCGCGCCGCCUUUGACCUCGCUUCCGAUGCCCUUGAUGCCGCCACCUACUUUGUCCAUCCACCGCACUCAGAGUGGGUCGCCGCUGCGCACUCGUGUCUGGUCGAGGAGUGCGAUCGCCGCGACGAGCUUGCUCGUCUCGCUUUCCGAGGAGACCUCCACCCGCCGUCAGCCGCGCCGCUCUUCCGGGUUGUCUACUGCCGCGAUACACGUGAUGACGCUGCGUGGACUGUUGCCAUUGUCGCUUCUCGGCUGGUUGCCGACGAGCUCUCGGGCCUCAUCCUUCUCCGCCAUCUACUGGAAGGCUACAUGCUGACCGAGAUUCAGCAUGCCCGGCUCAUUGCCCGGGUUCAUGCCUCUUCUCGUGAUGUCGAUCUCGAGUACCCGCGCUACGCCACACACCUGGCCGGCUACCUCGACUCAGACCGUGGAAAGGCCCUGUUUUCCAACUGGUACGAAGCUCUCGGUGCGGGCGCACACCUUUUGCCGCCGCUGGAGCUCACCCGCGAGCAGACACACAAUGCUCAGCCCUUGCCGCCACCGGCCACUUUCCUUAUCCCACGCGCCACCGUCCGAGCCCUUGACCGUGCUUCCCGCUCACUCGGCGUCGAUCUGAAGGCUCUAGCCCUUGCGGCCUACGCGCUGGUCCUCUCACGCUACGCUGGCGGCCAGGAAGAGCUGGUGGUCUCCACUGUCUUUUCCGGGCGCGCUCGGCGCUCGCGCGCCGCGUUCACUGUCGGUGCCUUUGCCAACUCGGUCCCUGUUUUGCUCACCGUCCCGGAUGGCGACGCUACCUUGACCACCUUUGUCGCAGCCGUCCGCGACGCGCUUGUCUUUGCUUCGGAGCACCAAGAGUAUCCGGCCGAUUUGCUGCGCGACAAGCUCGCCGCCCUUGGCAUUGUUCAGCGCGGCGAGACCGAGACCAACGCGGCGUUUGCCUUUGUUCGCGCUCAUGGUCGCGCCACUGCGCCACCGCUGGUCCUCACCGGUGUCUGCGGGCCCGAGUCCGAGUGGGAGCCCGGCCCGGGCGUGACCGUCACCGGCUCCGACCUCGCCGCGCCGUUUCCGCUCUCGCUUCAUGCUGCGCUCGUCGGACUCGUCCUUGCCGAGGCACCCGACGGCAGCCUUGGUGGCGCUGUACACUGCGCGGAGGCCUCGCUUGCAUCAGACACCGUCGCCCGCCUCGCGACCCACUUUGUUCGCGUGCUGGAGAGCCUCGCCACCGCUGCUCAGCCCGGGACUCUUGAUCUGACCUCGAUCUCCCUUCUUACUGACGCAGAAGUCAACCACAUUGUGGGCAAGCUCGCCGUCGCUCCGCCGCAUCACCAGGCAGCGCUGUUGCAGCCGACCGAGCUUGGCGAGUACGCCAGUCUCGCCGCCUCGUCGGUCGAGGCCAUGUUCGAGGCUGCUGUCGCCCGCGUUCCGGACGCGCUCGCGCUCGCGUUUUAUGCUGAAACCGACGUCUCCAACACGCCGUCGGCCUCCUGUACCUACGCUCAGCUCAACGCUGCUGCCAACAUCCUUGCCCGUAAGCUUGUUGACCUUGGUGUUGGCCCUGACGUUUGUGUGGCCGUCAUGAUUCCGCGCUCCAUUGACAUGGUUGUAGCUGUGCUCGCCGUUCUCAAGGCUCGCGGCGCGUACGUCCCGCUCGACCCGCAAUAUCCAGCCUCGCGCCUGGCAUACAUGCUCAAGACCUCGUGUGCACCAGUCGCCCUGGUCUCGGACGCCACAGCUUCCCGCUUUCUUGAGCCUGAUAUGGCCGACGCCGCAGCCAGCAUGGCUGGUAUCAUCCAGCUUCCGCUCGAGCCUGAGCCUGAGACCUCGGAUUCGACCUGUGCCGCCAACCUCGAGCUGACGCCGCGCUCGCCAGACUCGUUGGCCUACGUCAUCUUCACGUCGGGCUCAACUGGCUUGCCGAAGGGCGUCGCCAUGGUCUCGGGUGUACUCUCUAACCUCAUCGCCUGGCAGCACAUCACGCUCGGCGCGCACCCGGCAGUUACUCUUCAGUUUGCUUCGCUCUCGUUUGAUGUCCACUUUCAGGAACUCUUCUCCGCGCUCUCUACAGGCGGUUCGCUAGUUCUCGUCCCCGAAAUGGUCCGCAAAGACUUUGAAAUGCUGCUGGCAGUCAUGGAGACUGCGCGCGUUGAGCGAGCGCUUGCCGAGAUGGCGCUCGAGACUCGGCUCCUUCCGCGCGCGCUCAGCCAGGUCAUCACCGCCGGCGAGCAGCUCCUCUGCACCCGCGCCGUCCGCGCGCUUUUUGCUGGUCUCGGGCCCAAGUCCUCGCUGCACAACCACUACGGGCCGUCCGAGACCCACGUGGUCACCGCUGCGGUUCUUGACGGCGAUCCAGCGGCUUGGCCCGCACUUCCGUCGAUUGGGUUUCCCAUCGCCAAGGCCCGUUGCUACAUAGUUGAUGCCAGCGGAGCUGUUGUUCCGCCCGGUGUUCCGGGCGAGCUGCUCAUCGGCGGCGACGUUCUCGCCCGCGGCUAUCUCCACGCACCUGACCUCACCGCGGCAGCCUUUGUGCCCGACACCCUGACGCCCGCCGCUCCGCUUGGCGCCCGUCUCUAUCACACUGGCGACAUGGUCCGCCAGCUGGCGUCUGGAGAGCUCGAGUACCUCGCCCGCAAGUCGGCCAUGGUCAAGAUUCGUGGUCAUCGAGUCGAGGUUGGGGAGGUCGAGGUUGUUCUCGGCACCCACCCAGCGAUUCAAUCAGCCGUCGUUGUCGCUCAAGACGCACCGGGCUCGACAUCUAGCUCACCAGCGUCACGUAUUCUGGUUGCCUACCUUGUCGCUGCCGCUUUGUCUGGCUCUGGCGGCGAUCCGGCGGUCACGCCAGCGGAUCUGGUCGACCACGUGGCUGCCUCGCUGCCGUCGUACAUGGUCCCGUCGGCGUUCGUCUUUAUGGACCACUUUCCGCUCACUCCGUCAGGCAAGGUUGCCCGCAAGGCGCUGCCGCCGCCAACGCACGAUGCACUCAUCGAGCAUGCGAGCCAUGGCGGGAACGCUGGCCAAGGCCCACGAGCCGAUUCGACUGGCGCUCUCGCACGCCUCUCACCACGGGCGCCAGGAUCGUUUGCAUCCGACUCUGAGUCCCUCGUCGCAGCCAUCUUUGCUGACAUGCUCGCGCUGCCCAUGACCUCUCUCUCGGCCACAACCUCGUUCUUUGAUCUUGGCGGCCACUCGCUGACCGCCACGCGCCUGGUCUCCCGGCUCCGUCGCGAGUUUGGUCUAGUUCACUACCCGCUAUCAGCCUUUUACAACGCACCGACGAUUGCCGGUCUGAUGCUGCUGUCGUACAACCAGAACGCGCUCUGGUUCCUUGACCAGAUUGCCAGUGGCGCUGGUGCAGACUCUACUCCGGGCAAGCUCCUUACUGCCGCAUACUCGAUCACAUUUGCCAUGGAGAUUGAGGCACCAGGUGUGUUUGAACUUGAUGCCUUUGAACUCGCGCUCUACGAUGUGCUCGACGCGCAUCCACAGCUGCGCACGGCCUACGCUGGAAAUGCACCGCGGUCUCGAAAUGUGAACGAGCUGCGCAAGGCUGCACAUGACGCUGGCAUCCCACUCUUUUCCCGCGUGCAGGCCAGCAGUGCAUCCGCUGCUCGCGCCGCGCUCGACUCUCUCGCAUUCCUGCCGUUUGAUCUUGGCAGUGGCCGGCUCCUAGCUUGUCGCGCCGUGUCGUGCCCUGGGCCCCGACUCUGGCUCGGAUUUGCUGUUCACCACAUUGCCGUUGAUCUGUGGUCACUCGUUCUCAUAGUCAGCCAGCUCGCGGCGCGGUACGGGACUCACAAGUCGAAGCCUGCACCAGUCGCGCCGCAGCUCAUUGGUGUUGGCCUCGCCCAGCCCGGCAAGCCGUACCAUGCCUUUGCUACCCACCAGGCCGCCAUCCUCGCCGGCGUAGAGGGCUCGCGUCUCGAGGGCUUCUGGAAGCGCAAGCUCGACGGCGUCGAGGCCCUGGAUCUCCCGACCGACUAUGUCCGUCCGGCCAGUGCCUCGCACGCUGGUGGACUUGUCCGAACGCAUCUCAGCGCCGAUGUAACCGCAGCGCUAGCAUCGCUGGCAAGCGACUGCUCCGCCACCGAGUAUGUCGUCCUGCUCGCGCUGUUCAAGGCGCUUCUGGUGAGAGUCACCCACCAGACCGACGUCACUGUCGGCUCGCCUAUGGCUGGCCGCUCCGAACCGGGCUUUGAGGACACCGUCGGCUACUUUAUCAACAUGGUUCCCAUCCGCGACGUGGUGCAGCCCAAGUCCACAAGCUUGUACCGGCUCGUUGACCAGGUCAAGAUCUCGGUCUUGGAAGCCCUCGACCAUCAAGACUUUCCGUUCUCGGAAAUGGUGGCCAAGUGCAUGGACUCGUCAGCGCGCGACUCGUCUCGCUCGCCGAUUUUCCAGGCCGCCUUUGUCCUGCAGAAGACCCAAAUCGAGCACAAUGCACUUGGUGCGCUGCUGCUCGGCGAGGGUGGACCCGGGACUCGGGUCGACUUUGGUCCCUUUGCCGCAACUGGCUGCGAGAUGCCUAGGCAUGCCGCCAUGUUUGACCUCACUCUUGUCGCCGCCCGCCUGGCUGACGGUCGCACCGCGCUCUCACUCGAGUACAACGCCGAUGUCUUUGCACCGGCGCGGAUGGAACGGAUGCUAGACUGGUUUGUCCAUUUGGCCUCGUCCUGGAUUGCCGAGCCAGGCACUGUUCUUGCAUCGGCUCAAGUCGCUCCCCCUGUCGAGAUUGAGACUGUCAUGCACGCCUUUCAGCCGGAGCGGCUCGAUCUCGAUGACCGACACUCGCUCCUUGACGUCCUAGUUAGACACGCCGCUGAGCUUCCGCCCGAGACUGUGGCUGUGGACGAGGCUGGACGGACUCAGGUGGGGUCUUCGCCGCCGCGGCGCCUGACCUUUGCCGGUCUCGAGGGGGCAUCGGCCAGAGUUGCGUCUAUGCUCCUAGACGUGCCGGGUGUGGACCACGACACUGUUGUCGGUGUCUGCAUGCACCGGUCCAUCGACUCGCUGGUUGCCAUGGUGGGCAUCAUGCGCGCCGGCCUUGCCUACAUGCCGAUGGACUACCACUACCCGGUCCACCGCCUGGAGUACAUGCUGGCUGACUCUCGCGCGCCGAUCUGCCUCUUUCACGCCGAGACGUCCGAGCUGGUGGCAAGCCUCGACCGAGCAGUCAUGCCGCACUGCAGCCACUGGCUCGAGAUCGACGGCUGCGUUGGUGCAGAGGAUUACGAUCCGGCGCGGCCAGGCGUUCUUGCGCCUGCUAGCAGUGGCUUCUCGUCUGCCUCGCUUGCGUACGUCAUCUACACUUCGGGUACAACCGGCAAUCCCAAAGGUGUGUGCAUUGAGGUCAGUUCGCUCAACAACCUCGUUGUUCACAUGCUCGAGACGUACGCUCUGUCUGCUGCCGACCGGGCGACAAUGUCGUGCGGCGUUGGCUUUGAUGCCUGCGUCAUCGAGAUGUGGCCUAUUCUCUACGCUGGAGGCUCGCUCUGGCCAGUUGAUGACAGCAAGCGGCUCGACGUUCUAGAGCUGAUGACGUUCAUCUCCACCCAUAGUUUAACCUGCUGCCUCGCGCCGACGCCGCUGAUGGAGGCCAUGUUUCGUGAGCGCGACGCAUGCUGUGCGCUGCCGCUGCGGUACAUUUUCACCGGUGGUGACGUGGUGCACACCCGGCCAGACCCAGCCGCGGCCUUCAAGGUCAUUAACUUGUACGGUCCGACCGAGAACACAGUCAUUUCUGCCGUUGCACACAUCACGCCCGAGGAUCCGGUCGCGCUCGAGUGGAGCUGUGCUGCCGGCCCGCUCCCGCCGCGCACGCUUCUUCCGCCGCCGAUCGGCUUCCCAGUCACCAAUCAGGUUGUGUACGUUCUCGACGAGCUCAUGGCACCCGUCCCGCUCGGGGUGUGGGGUGAGCUGUACGUUGGUGGCCUCGGCGUAGCACGUGGCUACCUCAACUUGCCGGAGAAAACUGCAGCGUCGUUUGUGGCCAACCCGUUCUCAUCGGCCACCUGGGCGCCACGUCUGUACAAGACUGGCGACGUGGUGCGAUUUGACGAGCACGGUGAGCUGUGGUACGCGGCGCGGAAGGACCACCAGGUCAAGAUCCGCGGCUUCCGCAUCGAGCUUGGCGAGAUCGAAACGGUGUUGGCGAGCGUCGAGGCCGUGUCUGAGGCUGCAGUUGUGGUCUCCGACAACUCGGCAUUGGGCAAGCACCUUGUGGCGUUUGUGGUUGCGGCCGGCGGCACCGAUGUUCACGUCUCGGCGCGAUCUCUGCGGGUCGCCCUUGGAGCAUCGCUGCCCGAGUACAUGGUGCCGAAGCGGUUUGUGGUGUGGGGCUUGGCAUCACUGCCCACAACUGCCAACGGCAAGACUGAUCGGCGGCGGCUUGUUCAGUGGCUCGAUGAGGCGGGCGGCGAAGAGCGGGUGAGCCUCGUUGAUGAGCCCGAAGACGGCACCGGCACAGUUCUCGACGAUGCUCCGGUGACCGAGACACAGGACAUUGUGGCCGACAUCUGGAAGGAGGUGCUGGGCGUUACCAAGGUCGGCAUCUCCUGCGACUUUUUCGAGUUUGGUGGCCACUCACUGGCGGCCGCGCAGGUCGCGUCACGCGCUCGGGUUGCCUUUGGCGUCGAGAUCUCGGUCUCGGCGGUGUUUGAGAACCCGACCAUCGCCGGCUUUGCGUCGUACCUAGAGGCGCGUGCCAAGGCCGGUGUCGGCGGCGAGGUCUGCGACCGCGAUCAUGUUCCACUGGCGCCUGUCGGUGAGUCGGCGCUCGGUGCCGAUGACUGGCUCCACGAGCCGCACCCGGUCUCGCUUAACCAGGCUUCGCUGUGGUACGCUUACCUACUGAAUCCGAGUGACACCACGUACAACGUGUCGUUUGUGGCCAAGGCUGGAAACAGGCUUGACGUAGCGCGGCUGCAGCGGGCGAUGGCGCUCUUGGUCCAACUACAUCCGGGUCUGGCCACCCGGUACCAGACUGCGGCCGGUGGCCAGGUUCCGCUCAUGUACUACGACCCUGAUUUUGGCUUUGGCUUUGAGGUCCUGGCUGCAAGCGACUCGCCUAGCGCCGAAAAGCUUCUCCGCGACGCCGUUGAAGCCUGCAUUGCGCUUGAAACUGGGCCGCUGACGUCGAUGACGGUGGUCAACGACGGCGCGGACUUCUGGCUAGCCUUUGUUACCCAUCACAUCUGCUGUGAUCUGUGGUCGAUGGUGGUACUGCUGGAGGAUCUCGGCCGCAUGUACGACUUGGCCGAGAACAGCGGUCCCGACUCGGGAUUUGUGGCGCUCGGGCUUGCAGCGGAGCGUGCCGAGGCGCUGCAGCUGCACACCUACAACCGAUGGCAAGCUGCCCGGCUGAGCACAGCUGAGGGCCACCAGCUCGAGGCCUAUUGGACUCAGCAACUGGCCGGCCGGCUUCCGGCGCUGACGCUGCCUGAGGAUCAUCCACGGCCUGCCAAGCUGUCAUCGGCCGGUGCAACUUAUGCCUUUGAGCUCGACGGGGCGACGACGGCUGCGCUGCGGGAGCUGAAUGCUGCCGAAGGCACGACGAUGUUCAUGACGCUCCUUGCCUUGUACACGCUGCUACUGCAUCGCGCGGCCGGGCAGGACGAGGUGGUUGUAGGUACACUUAUGGCGUGUCGGUCGCGGAUCGAGCUCGAGCGGCUAGUUGGUUUCUUGGCCAAUCCCGUUGCAUUGCGGUCGACGUGUCGGCGGGGCGAGAGCUUUGAAGACGUACUGCGGCGAGUGCGGGUGGCAACGCUCGGUGCGCUUGCGCACGCCGACUACCCGUUCACGCUUGUGCUCGAGUCGGUGGCACCGGAACGCGAGACCUCGCGAUCGCCAGUCUUCCAGGCACUGUUUGUCUUUGAACGGCCGCAUGGCAAGCUUGCCAAGGAGCUGGACGCGUUUGUCAUGGGCGUUGGCGGCCACUCGCUGAGUCUCGGCUCGUCGCUGACUCUGGAGUCGGUGCCGCUUGCGGAGCGCACGGCGCCGUAUGAGAUCCAGCUGGUGGUUUCCGAGGCUGACGACGGCAUUCGCGCGUUCUUCCAGUACAACACCGAGAUCUUUGCCGAGGCGACCAUCUCCUCGCUCGCUGGCGGGUUUGCUGCUCUUGUUCAGGCUGCGCUGGCUGAGCCGUCGGCCGAAGCGGCGGCCAUGCCGGUUCUCACGGCUGAUGAAGAGGCACAGCUGCUGACGGAAACCCACCAGGACGUCAUGUUUGACGAAUCUCCGCCGACCUGCGUCCUUGUCGCCGCAGGGGAUGACGAGAGCGACGACGCCGAUGGUGACGGCAGCGGCGAAAGGCGUGCGGCAGUCGGCGUCCAUGAGCUGGUCGAGGCGCGUGCGGCGGAGACACCUGACGCGGUGGCAGUGGUCGACGGCAGCGGCACAAGUAUGACGUACGCUGAGCUCAACGCAUGGGCCAAUCGCAUCGCGAGGAUCCUACGCGCAAGCGGCGUGUUUGUGGGCUCGGUCGUCGGCCUGGUCUUGCCGCGGUCGCUGGAGCUUGUUGUCGGCAUGCUCGCAGUGUGGAAGGCCGGCGGUGCGUAUGUGCCAGUUGAUCCAACGUUUCCGGAUGGACGCAUCGCGUUCAUGCUGGAGAACUCGGCGCCUGUGUGCGUGCUGUACCGUGGCGAGCUUCCCGAGCUGAGUCCGCCGGCUCCGGGGACCAAGCGGCAUGUGCUGAGCUUUGACGACGACGCGCGACUGGGGCGGGGCGGCGAGUCGCUGGGUGUGUCGAGCGCGCGGCUGGUGCGGGCACCAGCUGGCCCCUCUGCAGUUGCCAACGUUAUCUACACCUCGGGCACGUCUGGCACGCCCAAGGGUAUUUGCGUGCCACACGGGUGCUUGCUCAACAUGAUUGGGUGGUGGCUGCGGGCUUACGAGAUGGGUCCCGGCGAUGUGUCGGGCCAUAUGCUUGGCGUGUCGUUUGAUCCUGUUUUUUGUGAGAUCUGGCCCGCACUCUGCUGUGGGGCGGAGGUGGCCAUCGUACCGGAGAGCUCUAGGCUCGAGCCGCGCGCGCUGCUGCAGUGGUGGGUAGAUGCGCAGGUGACGGUGCAGGCAAUGGCGACGCCUAUGACCGAGGCUGUGCUCCGAGAGCCACCUCCAGCCGGACUUGCGCUCCGUGUCAUCAACACUGGCGGUGACAAGCUCAAGAUGGUGCUACCAGAGGCAUGGCAGGCGAUGUACGGCGACCAACUGGCCUUGUACAACAUGUACGGCCCAACCGAGACCACGGUUGGGUGCACAGUUGGGCGGGUACACGGUGACGUGCGGCCGCCACCGAUCGGGAAGCCGAUUGCGAACACUUUUGCGUAUGUGACUGACGAGCGCGGAACGCUGGUGCGGCGCGGCAUGCGUGGACAGCUUCUAGUCGGAGGCGCCGGUGUGACUCGCGGCUACCUUGGCCUGCCAGAGAAGACGGCGUCGGUGUUUGAAGACGAUCGUUGGUGGCGCAGCGUGGCCGAGAGCCUCGGGCUGAAGGUUGCAAGCGGAUUGUAUGGUGACGGACGGAUGUAUGCGACAGGUGAUGUGGUGCGUUGGCGUGGCGACGGGUCGCUAGCGUGCUUGGGCCGGAUUGACGCCCAGGUCAAGAUCCGCGGCUUCCGCAUCGAGCUCGCCGAGAUCGAGGUGGUGCUGCGGGAAGCACCAGGAGUUGCGGACGCGGCUGUGGUGGCGAUGGCGUGCGGGGCAGGAAGCGCAGCGGAGAAGAUGCUUGUGGCGUAUGUGGCACCGCAGCGGGCGACGCAAUUGCUGCGUCAGGAACUGUACACUCACGCAGCAGCUAAGCUCGCCGAGUACAUGGUGCCGCGGGCAAUUGUGGUGCUGAGCGGGCCGCUUCCACUGACGGCCAACGGCAAGGUUGAUGUGCGAGCGCUGCCUGCACCAACAGCGGAGGAUGCUGCGGGAGUCGGCGCUAGUGGGGUGGACCACACGCCACCGCGGACCGAAGUUGAGGCUGAGCUGGCUGCGGCAUGGGCUCAGGUGCUCGGGCUGGCGUCUGUGGGCAUCCACGCCAACUUUUUCGAGCUCGGUGGGUACUCGCUGCUCGCAGCACAGCUCGUAGGUAUUAUCGAGGCGCGGCUGGGGGUGCGGAUCGGGAUGCGUGAGGUGUUUGAAGCGCCAACGGUGAGCGCGCUAGCCAACGUGGUGGCGCGGGCCACAGGCGUGGCCGAAGCGGACGAGAGCGUGGUCAAGAUUGACCUCGCGGGCGAGGUUGUGCUGCCGUCGGAGAUCUGCGCGCCGGCGUCCGGCGAGGUGCCGCGGGCAAGCGGCGCUGGAUCGUUCCUUGCGCCACCGGUGGUCUUUCUUACAGGCGCCACCGGGUUCGUGGGCUCGUUUCUUCUUGCCGAGCUGUUGGCAAACACGCGGGCCGAGGUCAAGUGCCUGGUCCGAGCAAGUGAUGAAGCAAGCGGGCGAGCGCGACUUGACGUGGGCGCGUCCAAGUUUGGGCUGCCUCCUCCAGCGGCGACCUACGGCGAGCGGGUGCGCGUCGUGGUCGGCGAGCUCGGGCCGCACAUGUUUGGGCUGACAUCGGACGCGUUCUCGGUUCUCGCGCGGUCUGUUGACGUCAUCAUUCACAACGGCGCGGGAGUCAACUUUGUGUACCCGUACUCUGCUCUCAAGGGCCCAAACGUGAUUGGGACGCAGGAGGUGCUGCGGCUGGCGUGCUUUGGGGCGAUCGGCGGCGAUGCCGCCACCCCGGUCCACUUUAUCUCGACGCUCUCGACGCUGGACACUGAUGCGCGGGUUAUUUCUGAAACUGAUGUGUUCCCACGGUGGGAGCGGUUGGUCUCGGGCUACUCGCAGUCCAAGUGGGUUGGCGAGCAGAUUGUGGCACUGGCGCGCUGCGAGCGCGGCGUGCCGGCCUCGAUCUACCGGCUCGGACGUAUUGCGCCCCACUCGCAGACAGGCGCUGGCUCGCAUGAUGACCUGCUGACGAGGGUCCUCAAGGGCUGUGUAGAGACCAAGUUUGUGCCGUCCGAGCUGGAGACACUCGUCGACUUUACGCCCGUGGAUUACGCGUCCAAGGCCGUGGUCGAGUUGGCGCUCUCUGGGCGUGGGCUCGGGCGCGACUUCCACAUUCUCAAUCCAAGUCCGAUGCCGCUGACGCGGCUGUGGAAGCUGCUGCGGCGGGCCAAGUACAAGUUGUACCCGUCAUCGUACGACGGAUGGUUCCGGACGCUGCUGGAGCAUGCGCGGCGGAGCGACGAUGGCGUUCUUCUCCCUGUCUUGCUCUUCUUUGAAGAGUCGGGCGACAUCUCGGGCUUGGCCGGUGAGCUGCCACCGCCUGAGCUGUAUCCCAAGUUUGAGGUGCCGAACUCGAAGGAGUUGAUUUCAGCAAGAUGUCCGCCGGUAUCGAAGCAGCUGGUCGAUGCGUACGUGGCGGCCUGGGUUGCUGAGGGCUUCUUUCCUUCACCUGGCGCAGAGGAGCGAUCUGCUCUUCCGGCGGCACCGGCUCCUGGUGGUGACGGCGGACACGGGAAGGUCAAGCAGAAGCACAAGUUCCGGCUUGGCCUAGGCAAGCAGUAAAGCGGCG